GCCGAGCGUGCGGAGCUGGCGUGGGGAGACACGGCAGGAAAGGCGAGCCGGAGUGGGUGAUGAGAGGCCGGGAGAGCCCGUCCGAGCCGGAGAGACCGGAGAGAAGGGAGCGAGCGAGUGUGCGGCGCGCAAGCUGCCAGAGCCCGGGCGGAGUGCAGUGGCCUCCAAAGCCUUAGAGCGGCGCCCCAGUCACUGCAGCUCUUCACCCUAGAGCUGUGCCCUGGGACCACAGAGACCAAGAGCAUGGAAAUCGGCUGAGAGGUACAAAAGAAAUAAGGAACAGAUUACGAGAAAGCGGGGAGGGUUUCCUGGCGAAAUACGGAGGCUGAGCAGAUGGAGGAACAAUGCCGCCUCCAGAAGAAAACCCUUGCCUGAACCCUCGGCGGAGCGCAGAGGUGCUGCUUUCAGCCUUCUGCUCUCCCCAGGCCCUCCGGCUAGUUCUGGGGUUGGUUCCGCCUGUUAGUUUGACAGGGAUAAGAAAGUUGCUCUUCUUCCCCACAACGUUUCCUGCGAGGUGGUUUUCAGAUCUGUGUGGUUCCGGUCAAGAUGUCACUCCCUAGAUCCCCCGCGUUGAGCAACUAAUAUAUUAUGCAUUAUUGGGCAAUAAGCUCUCCUGGGAAGAGAAGGUAUUCCAAACAUUUAAACCGUUCUCCAUCGACGCCUGCCCGCCUCAACACAAUAUCUUACCUGUGAAGCUUGAGGCCACUCAAGUUCCAAAUUUGUGACAAAUCCCCCAGGGCUCACUGGAGUGGCAGAAAUGGAUCAAAUAAAAGAAUUAGUUGAUCUCCAGAAAACAACAACAACAAUAAAAACCUGCAUCCUUAUAGCAAAUGUAUUGAAUUUAUUGUACUUUGAAGUACUGCUGUUGCCUCAGGAUAUAGACCCGCAGCUAACUGGAUUUGAUUUAUAAGAGAGAAAACUACAGUCAAUGCCCACUCUUGCCACAUUGCUAAUAUGGAAAACAGAAUGUUGAAUAGGAUAUGGUCUGAUAAAGAGUAAUGAUUGAAGAUGCUGCUCCAAUACAUGUGAAAUCAAUGGGAGAUACCUGCUGUCUGAAGAUCUUUCAGAACUUUUCUCGACAAGCUCCCCUUUAAGAAAUCGGAGGUAUAUUCUACCAUUAUACAGUGUUUCUCAAGUGGAUAUAAAUACGUUUGCCUCACUGUAACCAGACAACUAGACACCUAAUGUGGGACCAUGGCACUGCCCAGAUGCAUGUGGCAAAAUUAUGUUUGGAGAGCAGUGAUGGCAUGUGUGGUACACAGGGGACUGGGUGCCCCAUUGACUCUCUGUAUGUUGGGAUGUUUGCUUCAGGCUGGUCAUGUGCUAUCACAAAAAUUGGAUGAUGUGGACCCACUGGUGACUACCAACUUUGGAAAGAUAAGAGGGAUUAAGAAGGAACUCAAUAAUGAAAUUUUGGGGCCUGUUAUUCAAUUUCUUGGGGUUCCAUAUGCAGCCCCACCAACAGGGGAACGUCGUUUUCAGCCUCCAGAACCACCAUCUCCCUGGUCAGAUAUCAGAAAUGCCACUCAAUUUGCUCCUGUGUGUCCCCAGAAUAUCAUUGAUGGCAGACUGCCAGAAGUCAUGCUUCCUGUGUGGUUUACUAAUAACUUGGAUGUGGUUUCAUCAUAUGUACAAGACCAGAGUGAAGACUGCCUAUAUCUAAAUAUAUAUGUCCCAACUGAGGAUGUAAAAAGAAUAUCCAAGGAAUGUGCCAGAAAGCCCGGCAAGAAAAUAUGUAGAAAAGGAGGUCCCCUUACAAAGAAACAGACAGAUGAUUUAGGUGAUAAUGACGGUGCUGAAGAUGAAGAUAUUCGGGACAGUGGGGGUCCCAAACCAGUGAUGGUGUAUAUCCAUGGUGGCUCAUAUAUGGAAGGUACUGGAAAUUUAUAUGAUGGAAGUGUCUUGGCAAGUUAUGGCAAUGUGAUCGUCAUCACAGUCAACUAUCGACUUGGGGUACUCGGUUUCUUGAGUACAGGGGAUCAGGCUGCAAAGGGGAACUAUGGACUCCUUGAUCUCAUACAAGCUUUAAGAUGGACUAGUGAAAACAUUGGAUUCUUUGGUGGUGACCCCUUAAGAAUCACUGUUUUUGGAUCUGGUGCUGGGGGUUCAUGUGUCAAUCUGCUGACUUUAUCCCAUUAUUCUGAAGGUAACCGUUGGAGCAAUUCAACCAAAGGACUUUUUCAACGAGCAAUAGCUCAAAGUGGAACAGCCCUUUCCAGCUGGGCUGUUAGUUUUCAACCUGCAAAAUACGCUAGAAUGUUGGCCACAAAAGUUGGUUGCAAUGUUUCAGAUACAGUAGAGUUAGUGGAAUGCCUACAGAAGAAGCCUUACAAAGAACUUGUUGACCAAGAUAUUCAACCAGCUCGAUACCACAUAGCCUUUGGACCUGUGAUUGAUGGUGAUGUAAUACCAGAUGACCCUCAGAUAUUGAUGGAGCAAGGAGAGUUUCUCAACUACGAUAUAAUGUUAGGAGUGAACCAAGGGGAAGGGUUAAAAUUUGUUGAAAAUAUAGUAGAUAGCGAUGACGGUAUAUCAGCUAGUGAUUUUGACUUCGCUGUUUCAAAUUUUGUUGAUAAUUUAUACGGAUAUCCUGAAGGCAAAGAUGUUUUGAGAGAAACCAUUAAGUUCAUGUAUACUGACUGGGCUGACCGUCAUAACCCUGAAACCAGAAGAAAGACAUUAUUGGCUUUGUUUACGGACCAUCAGUGGGUGGCACCAGCUGUAGCCACAGCAGAUCUUCACUCAAACUUUGGUUCACCUACGUACUUCUAUGCCUUUUACCAUCAUUGCCAAACAGAUCAGGUUCCAGCUUGGGCUGAUGCAGCCCACGGAGACGAGGUUCCCUAUGUCCUGGGAAUCCCCAUGAUUGGUCCUACAGAGUUAUUUCCUUGCAAUUUCUCCAAAAAUGAUGUGAUGCUGAGUGCAGUUGUAAUGACAUACUGGACAAAUUUUGCUAAAACUGGUGACCCAAAUCAACCAGUCCCUCAAGACACGAAAUUCAUUCAUACCAAACCCAACCGUUUUGAAGAAGUAGCAUGGACCAGAUAUUCCCAGAAAGACCAACUUUAUCUCCAUAUUGGAUUAAAACCAAGAGUUAAAGAACAUUACAGAGCCAAUAAGGUGAACCUCUGGUUGGAGUUGGUACCUCAUCUGCAUAAUCUCAAUGACAUUUCUCAGUAUACCUCUACAACAACUAAAGUGCCAUCAACUGACAUCACUUUCAGACCUACGAGAAAAAAUUCUGUACCUGUCACGUCAGCCUUUCCCACUGCCAAGCAGGAUGAUCCCAAACAACAACCAAGUCCAUUUUCAGUGGAUCAAAGGGACUACUCAACAGAGCUGAGUGUCACUAUUGCAGUUGGAGCAUCACUGCUGUUUCUGAACAUCUUGGCCUUUGCAGCCCUGUACUACAAAAAGGAUAAGAGGAGACAUGAUGUUCACAGGAGAUGCAGCCCUCAGCGCACUACUACCAAUGAUCUAACCCAUGCACAAGAAGAAGAAAUCAUGUCCCUCCAAAUGAAGCACACUGAUUUGGAUCAUGAAUGUGAGUCCAUCCAUCCACAUGAGGUGGUUCUUCGGACCGCCUGUCCCCCAGAUUACACACUAGCUAUGAGGAGGUCACCUGAUGAUGUUCCCUUAAUGACACCCAACACCAUUACAAUGAUUCCCAACACCAUACCAGGGAUUCAGCCCUUACACACAUUCAACACAUUUACUGGAGGACAGAACAAUACUCUGCCCCAUCCCCAUCCCCACCCCCAUUCACAUUCAACAACCAGGGUAUAGCCAGAUAACAGAAACAAACUAUUUUUUUGGUGGAUUGCAGUAAACGAUUACUGAAGAUUCCUUGGCUUUCAACCUACAAGACUUACUAUUUAAAUAAGGAGGAAUGUUAUGUGAAUAUACAUAUCAAGAAUUUUGGGGGUUUUGAAAAAAAUGAAUUGUGUAUAUACAAAUCAACUUUAAAAACAAAUUUCAAUUGCUUGAAGCAAUUGUGCCGAAUGAUACUUUUUCAUUCACAUUCAAGAAUUAAUUUUUUGAAGAUUUAAGUUACAUAAUGGAAUUAGGCAUGUGGAACACAAAACAGGAAAGAACUAUGUCUGAAAUAUAAAAAAUAAAAAUAAAAAAACUAUGAAUAUGCACAAGGGACACACCAAUGGAAUGUCAGAUAAUUUUCACCAGUUUUUAUUUGGAGCCGUUUUAUUGUGUAGACCAUAUUUACAUAUUUGGAUAAGUACACAAAGCGUCAAUGCUGUUAAUGGCCUUAGCAAAGGCUCAUGCUGAAAUUUGCCAGUAAAACAAAGAAGUUUAAAGACUGGCAGGUACAACAUUAUCACAUAAGUGCUGUCAGUAUAAAGUUGUGGGGAUAAAGGAAACUGGAUAUUUUUAGCACGAUGUGCAUGAUAAUUUAUAUGCUUGGUGGCUGUGCUGCUGAUUAAGCCGUAAUUAAAAUUCUUCUCAUCCCAUUGGAGUUUUUAAUAGAAGCUUCCUCCAUCAAUUGGCAGAACCUAAAGAUUUUAAGGGGCAAAAGUAAUUACAAUAAAAUAAUUCACAGUAGUUUCAAUAUAGAAGGAAUUAGUUAUUAAAGGUAUUUGAAGAAACUAUAGGUAUAGUGGUGAAUACUCGCUGAUAUGAAUCCCAGAAAAAAAAUUCCCUGUUUUCAAUGUUCUUUUCAUUCUCAUCUAGAUAAUUUAUAGAACUAUAACCCUAAUUGGACAUGUGGUACAGGAUCUAUAAGUUGCUGUGUUUUUUUUGUUACUCUGUAUUUUGUUCCUUUUGGUAAGGUGAAGUGUGUCCAAAGAGUUACUUGCAACAGUCUUUCAUGAUAUGAGGAUGUCCCAGUAUUAACACUCUGAUUAUAGUUCUGAGUUCAUUGAUUUACUUAUGCUGCAUGACAAAACGUUUACUAAUAACAAUUCAUUAUAAAGUUAUGUCCCUCUUUACAUCACUUAUCUUUCUCACUGAGGUUCAUUCACUGGAAUUUACUCACGCAAUCUCAGUAGAGUGCAACGUAGAUACAGAACCUAGGAGAGUCAACACCUGGAGGAUUUUAGUCUUACACAUACGUGUGAUUUUAAAUGAAUAUUCUCAGACCACAGGAAACUCUUCAUCCCCCUGUUGUUUACCAGUAACAGUAUAUCACAGACCUUUCCAAAUGUUUGUAUAUGUAAUCAGAUGUACAUUUAUAUUUAAAAAAAAAAAAUGAGAUGGACUUAAAGAGCACAUCCUGAUAAAUACUUUCUCUCUUACCUGUACUAUAUUUCUAUUAGACUAAAGUUAUGUGAUUUUUUUUUUACAUUUUUUCAGAUGACUAGCAAUUUUGAUAGUUUAUAAGAUAAUGCAAAGAACUUUCUCUGACAAACUAACUGCAGUAACAGAAACCUUUCUUUUCAGUUACUCUUUUUCAAGAAUGAAAGAUUAUUAUACAAAAAAAUUGUAUACUACUUGAUGGAACCAACUUUGUACAUCUUGGCCAUGUCACUGGUCAUUGUGUGAAAUAAAGAUAAUCUGGAUAAUGACUAUUAGUCCAAUGCUAAGAAACAUGAUCUUUGCUCAUUAAAGAGCUAAAAUGUUUAUUGCUGUUUUGUCUUUCUUUUUUCUAAAAAAAAAAAAAAAGAAAAGAAAAGAAAAAGAAAAAAAGGAAAAGAAAAACAAAGAAACAUGACUGUCUCAAAGAGUAAUUUUUCUAGAUUAGACCAGUCGGGUUUUUGAAGACACAUAGGUAACUUCCAUAGAAAACACAAACGUGUAUUUAAAGGCAAGUCUCAUCUAAGAUGAAACUCAUAAAACUUUAAUGUUAUGAAUUUAAAAGCUCCAGAAAUUCAUGAAAAAAAGAAAGAUUAGCUUUGUGUUGUUAAAUAUCUCUUAGGUACAGAUGUUGUAGAAAUAAAGUGUCAAUUGUUUUCAGUUAGAAACAUAAGUUCCACUUCUGGUCAUCAAGGAAAAGGUCUAUUGAAAAGAAAUGUGCAAUAUUUCAUGGAGUACAAAUAACUAGGAUCAUAAAAUGGGGGUGAUUAAACUACCAUAAAGUAAUGAAUAGAAAGUUGCCAUGCUAAGAGAAUGUAAACGUGCUGAGCAAGAUAUUAAACUGACACUAAAAGAUAAAAAUCUAUUUCAAGGAAUUUAUUUGAUUAUAAUCCCCCUCCCAAUUGUUAUCUAUCAAUGAAAUGUAUGUAUUCCUCCAUAAUUAAAAAAAAAAAAAAAACUCUGUUAGAAGCAAAAGUCUUCAAAAUCCAGAGUGAUCUACAUGCAGUUUUUGACUGAGGUGGUUAUGCUUUUAAACUGUGAACUGCCAGUGUACACAAAUAGAAAUAAUUGUUUAGCAUCUGAAGUAUUGUUCAAUUGGAACACUGUAUUUUACUGUAUUAAUUAAACAAAACACUAGAACAGAAUAGAAAUGACAGCAAAAUAAGAUAUGAAUGAAUACUUUUGUAUGCAUUGCUUCAUUUGGCAAAACCAAACAUUCUAUUAAAUAUUGUGUUUUAACGAUGGCCAUAUUUAUAGCUAUCUACCAAUCUAUUGCUCUGCAUUUAUCAAUCUACCUAUAUAUAGCAUAACUGUCAUCCUCUUUAUAUUAAUUUAGGAAAAUGAUUUCGGAAAACAAAAUAUAGCCCUAUUAUUUUCUCUAAAUUAGGGUAGAAUAACUUUAUGGAAGAUAAAGCAGCCUAGGUUUAAUAGCUGUUCACCAGUCACGUGAUAAAGUCAUUGUGAAUGAGUGUUAGUUGCUACUUUUAUAAUUUCCAGUCUCUAGUUUUCUGAAUAAAAAAGGAUGUUCCACAAUUACACAGAACAUUAAGAACUGUUUUUAAAGCUGAAACAUAAUUUUUACAUGCAAGAAAAAUAAAUACUGUUACUAAAUUUUAGAAAGUAUGUUGAAAAUGUGUUUAUUUAGAUAAUAAUUUUCUUUGAAAAACAAUGUAAGUAAAAAAUUAAAAUAAUAUUUUUGUCAUUAUUUGUUAAUUCAGAUUCUCCUGGCUCCGAUUAAAAAUUAGGCAAAGCUGCUUAUAAUUUAUAUAAAAAUUACACUAAAGUGAACUUUAUUUCAUUGUUUUGCUGUUAUAUAAAAUUUUUGCCAAAUGUUUACCAACAGAUUAAUGUUUUAGAGUAGGGUGUAGAAAAAUAAAAGUGACAGAUUUCAUAGUUUUAAAUCUUUAUUGAACAUGUUGACUAUGAACAGAAUCUAAUUGGCUACCACAGAUAUAUAACAAAGUUUAUUACUAACUUUAUGCAAAUUGGAAAAUAAUUUGCUAAAGCAUUAAAAAUAUCCAAUUUGGAGACAUCUUGCUGGCAACUCAAAGCAGAAAAUCUGAAUAUAUAUUAUUUUAUUCCUUAUUUCAGAUAUAAAAGUUGACUAAAAUGAUGCUUUAUUUCAGACUUCCUGAUCUGUACAUGAAAACAGCAACAACAUUUUAAAAAAAUUAUCAACUAUAUGUAGCACUAAAAAGGAAAACAGAUGACACUAAUUUUCUUACAGAAGUGAAGUGCUGAAACUAAAUUGUUAUAUCUAUAACAACAGUUUUUUCACCUCUUGGCACACUCAUCCUGACACACAUAUUAAUAUCAAAAAAGGAUACAAAGAAUGUGAGAAAUGUGUUCCAGCUUUAAAGACACUACCAAAUAGAAGUUACUGGGAUUCUUUUCUUUGGCGAGUUUCACUGAAAUACUUUCAAAGGGUGAAAUGAUGAACUGAAUUCUUAAGAAGCUAUCAAAUAUGGCAGCCUUUUGAUGUUAGUAAUUUUGUUUUCUUCUGUGUUAUUGGUUCAAAGUACUGGCCUUUUCCUUCAUUUCCAGUAAUUAGUUGGUAUAGACUAUCACUUUUUAAUGUGAAUGGGAAUUAGAUAAUUUAGUUAUACUUGUGAAAACAUGCUUCCAAACACAUUCAAUUAAUGGGCACUUCCCUGCUGAGAUUUUGUUAUCAUUCAUUUAAUUAUCUUGUCAAGCUUUCCUGUUACGACAAAUGUUUUAGCUUUCUGGUCAAUAAACUAAGGGAAUUUCUCCAGUAGCCUUAUACCUCUCCUGCACUUGAUCUGAUAGCAACAUACCCUUCAAAUUGCCAUCAGAAGUCUCUAAAGAAAUUUCCUACUGAUGUGAAACAUUUGGUGACCAACUUGAUUCUUUUUCAUAAGCAUUCUGAUUUGACUUUAUUCUGGCACUUUGCUGUAUUUGUAUGCAGGCCAGAAAUCAAUUCCAUUUGAUAAGGGUUGUAGAGAAUACAGACAGGAAUAACCACGUGCAGGGCUUAAGUGCCUUUUCCUCCUGAGAUUUUAUUUAUAAAACUUAGCUUUUUUUAAAAUUUUCAGAUUCUGAUAAUUCAAUUUAAAGAGUACAAUAGGAAGACUAUAUUAUAAAUUACCAAUAAGACAAGUUUAUUUAGACAUUUUUACAUUUAAUUUGAUUUUUAAAAUAAUAUCAGAUGGAUCUAAAUGGCUUCUGGGAAAGAUUGAGGUAAAUUUUUGAAAGUGACAAUUAUAUAGGCAUCUGGCUUGAUGGUACUUAAGAAUAAAAAUUUAAAUCUCUAACAAACUUUAAAAAUGUUCCAAAUAUUAAGUUUAAUUUAAAAGAAGUCUGAAGCUAUUAGAGAUAAUCAUAUAGUAGAUAGGUAUAUUUUUUUUUCUAGUCAGCUAUUACAUACACCACAUAGUAUAUAUACCCUAUAUACUAUAUGGUUUAUAUAACAUUUAUAGUGACCCUUUCAGACCCAUAUACUUACAAAUGACAUUGUAUAACUACCUACAUAUAUAUUAAUGUGACAGAAUUUAGUCCUCUAUGGAAAGUCAAACCAAAUUGCUAGCAGUUUUGAGUUGAAAUGAAUGAUAACAAUUAAAGCUUUUAAGAAAUUGGUAAGGGUACAGUAACAAAAACUCAGCAGAUAAAUGUAAAUCAGAGGGACCAUUUUUGAAUGCCAUUUUCAGAGUUGACAUCUAAACUAGAUGGUGUGUUUAAAAGGAUUUUAGUGGUUUUGAUUCAUCCUUUCUCUGCAUUCAUAUCAUUUAGCAAAUUAAUGGGACAUAUGUCACGGUUUUUGUGAAAAAGACCAUUGGGUUGUCAUGAUUCAGUUUGUGUUUGGACAUCUAUGGCUUUCGUUAAAAACAUGUUUAUUAUCAUGAAUAAAUAUUACCAUGUUUUCCAA